AUGGAAAAUCCUUUGCUAGAUUCAGAUAUAAUCUAUAAAAAUAAUACAGAAUAUGCUUUCUUAGCUUAAGUUUCAUACAGUAAAGAUCUUCUCUAGAUCUUAAUUGAUGAGAUGCAGUUUCUGCUUAAAUUUACUUCUGAUAAUAAAACAUACUUGAAAUGUUCGAAUUGUGAACUUCUAUAUGUUUUAUAAAGUCAAGAAAAUCUAUCAAUCUAGAUAUUUCACCAAAAGAAAGCAAAAUGCUAAAUAGGCAAUAACUAGGACUAAUGCUUAUAAUGUUAAUAAUUCAAAAACGGCGGAUGUUUUAAAAAAUGCUUCAAAUGUCAUUCAAAUUAAAUCAUUGGUUUAGAGAAUGAAAAGUAAAGGAUAUUUUGCCAAAUCUGUUUUUCUGAAAUAUGCAAAAUUUGUAAUUCAAACUCAGAAAUUUUUUAAUAGUUUUCAGAUAAAUGUACAUAGAAUAAUGCAACCAAUUGUUAAAGAUAUAUUUAUGUUAUAACAAUGAUGAUACUAUCAUUCAUCUUUUUACCAAUAUUCAUAGUACUAAAUUUUAAGAAAUAGAAAUUCUAAAGAUAAUUUAUGGAAUUUCAUUAAUAUAUAUUCGCUAAAUAUUAACCAGUUAUCAUUCUCUUCUUUUACUAGGUAUUCCUAAUAGUCUACCUUGUAAAAGUGGUUUCUGAUACUAAUAAACUUUGUGAUUGA